AUGGCGGCGCGUUGCUUACCCGUGCCACAGCGGGGGCAUCCGCUUUACUGCAGUGAAACGCGCAAUUCCGUUACGGUUUCUCGAAUAAACACGCGUCUUUCGUCCAUUCGUUCGUAUAAUAUCGCGUCGCAUUUCUUCCCUACGUCGCGUUCGUUAUCACGCGAUUAUGUACUUGCCAUCGCCAUCUGCAUGUUGCUCACGUAUAUCCGCGUUACGCAAGCGCAUAUGGCCACCCCAACUGUGUCCAACGACGACGGUCGUAUGCCUGCAACGGUUGGCAUUUCGGCGGCUAAUGCUGCGCGUAUGUUGGCUGGUAGUGGUGGCUCGGCCAGCAGUGAAUACUCGCUUGUGUUGCCACAUGAUACUUAUCCGGGUUUUAGCAUUAAGAAAUUCAAAACAGUGCCCCUGAACAAAUCGACCUCGUCGUUGAAGGCAACAACUUCUUCCUCAGCAUCAGCGCCUGUGGGUGCAUAUCAUAUGCUCGCCGGUGAUUACUCGAAAUAUUUUACAGUGCUCGACGAUGGCGUCGUUAUGACCACUUCCGACAUCUCACCACUAGUCAAUCGUCCGGUGAAUCUGGUUGUGGUCGAGGAGACGCCCAACGCCACCAACACGCACAAUUUGCAGCUUUUUGUGAUGCAUCGCAGCGAUAUGCUGCGCUUCCCGGGCACUAUGCUGGAUGCAAGCGGUGAGGUGCGUGAGAAUCGGCCCGCAGGCACACGUGUACGCGGUAUACCACUGAUGCAAGCCUUGAGCGGCGCUGUGGCGCCAGACGCUAGUGCUGGUGCAUCGAAAAAGGUGCGUUACACUAUCAUCGAUGGUAAUGACGAUCAGGCGUUUGCCUUGCAGAUACGUAAAUCGGAUAAAGGUAGUGAAAUAAGCGUGGACACGAUUUUGGUAGAUAAUGAUGGCGAGACUGGUGUGUGGUUGGUCACCAAUCGGCCACUGGAUCGUGAAACAAAGGCGCACUAUGAUCUCUCUAUACAAGCCGCAGACAUUGAUGGGCUCGAUAAGACCGUCUCGAAGAUACAAGUAACUGUGCUGGAUGAAAAUGAUAAUCGCCCUAUAUUCAAGUCGAAUGAUUACAAAUUCGCUAUUGCCGGCCAGAAGUCCACUGGCUUGGAAGGUAACUCGUCCACGACCUGGAAACGCUUCAGCAUUUUGGGUAAAGUUGAAGCCACCGAUGCUGAUGGCGACAAGAUUGCCUAUCGUCUAAAUGCGCCAAGCAACAUUGUCAUCAUUGUGCCACAAACUGGUGAAAUUAUGUUAGCUGACCAACCACAAACUUCCGAAUUGCUGAUCGAAGUGGAAGCGCACGAUUUACGCUAUCCCAGUUUGAUAAGCAAACAACCGGCCAAAGUGUUGCUUGAGUUUUUAUCACCCGAACCGGUCUCUUUUAUUAUGCAACACUUGGAGCACGAUGCGGUCAAUGAGCAUUCGCAUCAUCGCGAGAAGCGUCGGGUAACGCGCGCGGUACGCCCGACCAAACGUAUCGAGUUCACUGAAGCAGAUGGCGAUACCGAAGGUAAAUCCGUCUUCCAGCUGGAGAAGGAGACCGAUAAGGAAACCUUUAAAAUACGUGACGACAAUCCAUGGGUAACGGUCGAAACGAAUGGCGCAGUGCGUGUGAAAAAGAAGUGGGACUAUGAAGAAUUGGGACCGGAGAAAACAAUCGAUUUUUGGGUGAUCAUCACAAAUAUCGGACAACACGGUGAGUGCUAG